AUGCCGCUGUGUAACUAUCGUUCAAUUCAAAAUACGGAUCAAACAGUCUUCGAGUUGGAAGUGCGUUCAACCAGAACGCUCUCGUAUGUAGGUGAAAAAGCUACACUCUUGUCUGUCGGAUCGUCAAAUAAAAUUACACAUCGAUACACAGUCCAACAGAUAAUCAAUAUGGCUCGGGAAUUUGUUGGUCCUUUAUUCAUCUAUUUGCAAGAGAAAAAUGGUGUAAUGGGGGAGCGUGUUCGAAAGAACCUUUUUCGUGCUGACAAUAUCAACGGAACUUGUUCAGCGUCCGGUAAAUUAACUACAUCACUUAUUAAGUAUUGGAUUAAAAACUGUCUUUCACUUUUUAUCUGUGAUUCUCGUACUCGAUUAUUGUCCGAUUCCUGGAGGGGUGAAGAUGAUAAACAUGGAUUAUAUAAUUGUAUUAGAGGACUAAAACGUCUUCAAAUUCUACAAAAACCACGUUAA